AUGCCAAGGAAUCCUCGUGCGACAAAUGAAGCAUGGAUUCAUUUACAUGCAGAUAAGUCAGGAGAAAGAGCUAUGAGAUCAUCGACGAUAUGCCCUCAUCCAGCAACAAAGACGAUCCGAAGCCCAUUGGGGUCUCCUUGCGUGAUGAAAGAUAUAUUGACCAGCUCACUCUCCUUCAAUCUGUUGAUAGAGAAUCUGAGAAAUAUUUCACGGAAUUGCCCUAGCGAGUUCGUUGAUGUAGAAACUGAUCCCGCUGCCAUGAACGUCGAUGCCUCCUUCUAUACCAAUGACAGUUCAUGUUACCUGGCACAAGUGUUUCAUAUUGAUCCGUCGAGCAGUCAGCAUGAAUUUGGAUAUCAGAAACAGGAGAAACGCUCCAUCUUUUCGCAUUUGUAUGAGAUAUGCAAGAAAAGACCUACAUCUUCCAAGGAAUGGUUGAGCAACGGUCGACUCGGCGUUAUGAGCUAG